GGCUUUCUGAGGGCUGAACGCUCAGCUUCUACCGUUUUCGUCUUCCUGGGAGUCAGCAUGUCUGACGCUCCGUGAUGAGUAACCGCACUGCUUCCCCCUUUCAGCUGAGCUUCCAGCACAAGAUCGGGAUCCUGUACUGCAGGGCCGGCCAGGGCACGGAGGAGGAGAUGUACAACAACGAGACGGCCGGCCCGGCCUUCGAGGAAUUCCUCGACCUGCUGGGCCAGCGCGUGCGGCUCAAAGGGUUCAGCAAGUACCGGGCUCAGCUGGACAAUAAAACCGACUCCACGGGGACGCACUCCCUCUACACCACGUACAAAGACUACGAGCUCAUGUUCCACGUGUCCACCAUGCUGCCGCACAUGCCCAAGAACAGACAGCAGGUACGCGUGCCCCUUCGCCGCUCACACCGCAGCCAGCCCAGCCCAGGGGGGCGGUUCACGCCGUGGAAUCUGCAGAGAAUUAUUGGGUUUUUCUUGAAAGGCAUUCAGAAUCGUUGACUCUUGAAUCAUUUGGGCUUUAAAGGGAUU